AUGCCGACGGUGACGGACAAUUUCGACGCAAGCCGUCGACAUUCCGCUCGUUCGUUUGGAGCGACUCAUCCUCCUAGUUCCCCGCACAGAGAGACCGCUACGUGCUAUCCUGGGCGCACCCUCAAGGGACUCGAAGACAUCAUCGAGCUGAUGGUGUUAGACCCGGACAGUUGGUUCUUCUCCGGCCGUUUUGGGUCCGCGGAGAGGGACCCUUGUACGGACUCGAGCUGCUCAAGGAGCUAUACCUCAAAGCGGAUCCGCGCGAUGCGCGAGGCCAACCAGCCCGGCGGUGGACUGUAUCCCGCGCCUCUGCGAGCCGACAUGGACGCCAUGGACGACUGGGUGUACGGCGAGUCUGUACCCGUUGUUCGAGGCGGAUAUCCGGCUGUACACGACAAUUGCUCGCUUCAACGUGGCAUACUACCUGAUCUUCCGGGCAAUCUCAGAAUAAUUCUCCUAUGGGAAGAGCAUUCUACCCCAUGA